UUAGGAUUGGUUGCAGAAAAAAGUCAUUUCAAGGAUCCACAGAACGAUGCCACGAAUUCGAUUUCUCAGAGCUUUGCGAAUACUUUGGAAGGAAUAUUGUGAAGAAAAUUCCAUCAACGCCAUGAAGCACUUGAUGGCGAGCAAUCAAGGACUAUUGAAUCGAGGAUGGUGGGGCGUUAGUGUGAUGGUGGCUUCGAUUUUGAGCGUGUUGUCCGCUGUUUCAACCUACCAGAAAUGGGUUCAAAACCCAAUCUACAUUAGUUACGAGCCUCAGCAAAUUCCGAUGUGGCAGGUUCCAUUCCCAGCUGUGACAGUUUGUCCCAUCGUCCAGAGUAAGGGGAAUUAUUACGAUAUCAAUCAUGCAGCAAGUAAGUUUCUACGUGGAGGAAUGGAUGUGCUAAAAAAGCGGGAUUUGGAAUACUUGAGCGCUCUAGCUCACGUUUGCCCGACUAUGACAAGGUGGCUUAAGUUUACAAAAAAAUGUCCAGUAUCAACCGUCGGAAUGUUGAUGGACAUUGGUUUGAAUUUCGAAGAAACUUUUUUAACAUGUCGUUGGAUAAGUCGAAACUUUAUUUGUAGUAAACUUUGGUUUCAAACAAUUACCGAUAAGGGAGUUUGCUUUACAUACAACUCAAUAUCCGUGGAAAGUUUGUACAGAUUGGAGAAACUUCAUCGAGAGUUUGCCUAUUCUAGUGUUUCCAAUAUGUCUAAUGAUUGGUUUCGAGAAAGCGGCUACAUUAACGAUUCCGAUAUGCUAGCUUACCCGAGGCGACAAAUUGGGACCGGAUUUAGAUUUGGGAUGGAAACUGUUUUGUAUGCUAGUAUGUUUGAUGACUCUUAUUUUUGCCAUGCAAGUAUUUGAAAAUUUUCUUUCUUGUGGAAUUUUUGAUUUAAUAAAACGCUUAUUUACUUUCAGG